CCUUUACCAGGUAGGCCCGCGGCUCCGUGUGCGCACGCGCACUAUCAAACCCCGCAGGCGAGGGUGGGGCCACGCUGCGUCAUCGGGGCGCGCUCUACGGACGAAGCUGUGGUUGCCGGAAGUUGAGCGGCGUAGCAACAAAUAAUGGCAGCAGCCACGGGGGAUCCUGGACUGUCCAAAUUACAGUUUGCCCCCUUUAUCAGUGCCCUGGAUGUUGGAUUCUGGCAUGAGCUGACUCAGAAGAAGCUGAAUGAGUAUCGUCUGGAUGAAGCUUCUAAGGACAUUAAGGGUUAUUACUACAAUGGUGAUUCUGCUGGGCUGCCAGCUCGUUUAACAUUGGAGUACAGUGCUUUUGACAUGUGUGCCCCCACUCCCGCCCACUGCUGCCAGGCUGUCGGGACACUAUAUAACACCAACACACUCGAGGCUUUCAAGGCUGCAGAUAAGAAGCUACUUUUGGAAGAAGCCGCAAACGAGAUAUGGGAAUCCAUCAAAUCAGGUGCCGCUCUUGAAAACCCUGUCCUCCUCAAUAAAUUCUUCCUCUUGACAUUUGCAGAUUUAAAGAAGUACCACUUCUACUAUUGGUUUUGCUUCCCUGCUCUCUGCCUUCCAGAGAGUAUACCCCUCAUUCAGGGGCCAGUGGGCUUGGAUCAAAGGUUUUCACCAAAACAGAUUCAAGCCCUCAAGCGUGCUUAUGAUGAUCUUUGUCAAACAGAAGGAGUCCCAGCGCUCCCUUACUUCCUAAUCAAAUAUGAUGAGAACACAGUGCUGGUUGCCUUGCUGAAACACUACAGUGAUUUCUUCCAAGGUCAAAGGACAAAGGUGACAGUUGGUGUCUAUGACCCCUGUACCUUAGCCGAGUACCCUGGAUGGCCUUUGAGGAAUUUUUUGGUCCUAGCAGCCCACAGAUGGUAUUUGAGUAGCAGUUUCCAGUCUGUGGAAGUCCUGUGCUUCCGGGACCGCACCAUGCAGGGGGUGAGAGAUGUCGCCCACAGCAUCAUCUUUGAAGUGAAGCUUCCAGAAAUGGCAUUUAGCCCAGAUUGCCCCAAAGCAGUCGGAUGGGAAAAGAACCAGAAAGGAGGCAUGGGACCGAGAAUGGUGAAUCUCAGUGAAUGUAUGGACCCUAAAAGGUUAGCUGAGUCAUCAGUGGAUUUAAAUCUCAAAUUGAUGUGUUGGAGAUUGGUUCCUACUUUGGACUUAGACAAAGUUGUAUCUGCCAAAUGUCUGCUGCUCGGAGCUGGCACCUUGGGUUGUAAUGUAGCCAGGACAUUGAUGGGAUGGGGUGUCAGACACAUCACAUUUGUGGACAAUGCCAAAAUCUCCUACUCCAAUCCUGUGCGGCAGCCUCUCUAUGAAUUUGAAGAUUGCCUCGCUGGUGGUAAGCCCAAGGCCCUGGCUGCAGCAGACCGGCUCCAGAAGAUAUUUCCCGGAGUGAACACCAGGGGAUUCAGCAUGAACAUCGCCAUGCCUGGACAUCCAGUGAACUUCUCCACUGCCACCCUGGAGCAAGCCCACAGGGAUGUGGAGCGGCUGGAGCAGCUCAUCGAAAGCCACGAUGUUGUUUUCCUGUUGAUGGACACCAGGGAGAGCCGGUGGCUGCCCACUGUCAUUGCUGCAAGCAAGAGAAAGCUGGUCAUCAAUGCUGCCUUGGGAUUUGACACAUUUGUUGUCAUGAGACAUGGUCUGAAGAAACCUAAACAGCAGGGAGCUGGGGACUUGUGUUCCAGCCACCCUGUGGCACCUGCUGACCUAGGCUCUUCGCUUUUUGCCAACAUCCCUGGCUACAAACUGGGCUGUUAUUUCUGCAAUGAUGUCGUGGCUCCGGGAGAUUCAACCAGAGACCGGACCCUGGACCAGCAGUGCACUGUGAGUCGUCCAGGACUGGCCAUGAUUGCAGGAGCCCUGGCCGUGGAACUAAUGGUUUCUGUUUUGCAGCAUCCAGAAGGGGGCUACGCCAUUGCCAGCAGCAGCGAUGACCGCAUGAAUGAGCCUCCAACCUCUCUGGGGCUCGUGCCUCACCAGAUCCGGGGAUUUCUGUCACGGUUUGAUAAUGUCCUUCCUGUCAGUCUGGCAUUUGACAAAUGUACAGCUUGUUCUUCCAAAGUUCUUGAUCAGUAUGAAGGAGAAGGAUUUAAUUUCCUAGCGAAGGUGUUUAAUUCUUCACAUUCCUUCUUAGAAGACUUGACGGGUCUUACCCUGCUGCAUCAAGAGACCCAGGCUGCUGAGAUCUGGGACAUGAGUGACGAUGAGACUGUCUGACGGGGCACCGGCUGCUCCUGGGCUGCCUGCUGGGGGGCUCUUGGUCGCUGGAGCAGGACUGCUAUCCCAGGACGGGAGAUGCUGGACCCUGAGCCCCUGAAGACUGCCCACCUCUUGAGAACUGGGGCCUACCUCCUGCUGCCCAGGAGCUUCUGGUAUUCUCUGUCCUCAUCCUAGCAGUUCUGAGCUGAAUAAUAACCUUGGCUUUGGCGUUGCCGCUGAUCUGGGACUCUACUCCCCCAACCCCGAGCAGUUCUUUUUCUUGUCACCACACGUUUGAUAGUCAAGCUCCGAGGAUUCUUCCUGCCGCCGUGCUGGGAGCAGCAGCAGAGGCCCCGGGCGGCACUGCAGGCCUCCGUUAGGGCCACUGAGCUGCGGGCAGGGCAGGGUGGGAGGGACACACUCAUCCCAGGAAGCCAGAACUCCACACGGGACUGCUGUGGGCAGAGCCUCUGUGCCUCCCUGUUCAGAGGACGUGCCCAGGGCCCAAUCCUGGCAUCUGCCGAGGCCCUUGGGGCCCAGACUCCUGAGCCUGCUCGCCUACAGCUAGGCGAGGGCUGCCUGCUCCCCAAUCUGAGGGGCUUCCUCAUGGGUGGCUUGGAGCCCCGACUCCAGUGUGUGGUGGGGCGGUUGUCAUGUGCGUCUAUCUUGUUCUGGGGCCAGGGGGUCACUGGCGCUGCCUUGCCCUGGGUCGGCACGUCCGCGAUCCUCCCCAGAGCCGGGUGUGGAACGGAGAGGGAGGCACCCUUUCUGCGCACAGGCGUCUGUCCUAAGGCCUGGAACCGAGGUCAUGCUGAGUGUGAACCUGACUCCCCGAGAGUAGGACUGCUGCA